ACACACAUCUCUGYCCAAAACGGGUGUAUGUCGUAGUAGUAUGCUCUCAACGUGUUACGUCAAACAAGGUCAAACGCUUUCGAUGAUCGUAAAUUAGUCUUGUAAUCGAAUAGUCMGACCGUCAAAUACAAGCUUUUAAAUCAUCUCAGAGACGAUAUCUACUGGUGUAAAGUUAGACUCGCCGUUGUGCAUUCUACAAGAAAAUGAUGACCAAAAUUUUCCUUUUCGUUUUUUUAUCGACUUUUCCAACGUGCGGAUAUGCUGCAGCUAAGACAGUUUCGACCGUCAAAGUCACGCCAACAGUCACCUUUCCAUCAACAACUUCAUCAACCAAUAACAAAGCUUCAUUAAAAGCCUCAAAGCUUAAAGAGMAAGAGCUCGACAGAAUAAUAAAACAAAUCUUUCCAACGGAGAACUGCGGAAAGGAAGAAUCACAUAAAAUACAAAAUCAAAGUGGUCGGAGGCGGAAAAAGCGCGUGGUUGGUGGUCAACCUGCUAAAAAAGGACAGUUUCCAUGGCAAGUUGCUUUGCUGUUCAAGAAAAGACAUUACUGCGGCGGAUCGAUCAUCCAUCAGAAGUAUAUAGUCACUGGUGCACAUUGUUUUAAUCCCUACACGUCCAGUAACCCUGGGGACUGGAUCGUUCGAGCUGGGGACCAUCGUCUCAAUGAUAAAGACAUAAACGAAGUAGAUGCUUAUGUAGAAAACAUAACAGUUCAUGAAAACUACAAGUCGAUGUGGUUCGAGGGCAUCACAGAUACUCCGCCCAAGAAUGACAUUGCUAUUGUAAAGCUACGUACACCAUUAAACUUUAGCACGUUGCACAUCCGGCCAAUAUGCGUUUUACGGCCACACGUUCGUUUCCAAUGGGGAGAAAAGUGUACCGUAUCUGGUUGGGGUCACCUUCAGUGGAAUGGUAGUCAACCUAACGUCAUGAACUAUGCACAUGUUCCACUCGUGUCCUAUAAAGAUUGCAACAUCGAAAAKGCGUACAACGGGACGAUUCACGGGACAGCUUUAUGUGCUGGGUAUCCUCAGGGUGAAACUGAUGCCUGUGAAUAUGACAGUGGUGGUCCGUUGUCCUGUAUGAAAUGCAACAAGUACUACUUGACUGGUGUAAUUUCGUGGGGUCACCAGUGUGCAAGACCAUACAAAUACGGUGUGUAUGCCAGAAUGCAGGUGCUUACUCCAUGGCUGGUUGGUAAAAUAGCCAAAGACCAAUUCAGAGCUGGAUGAACCUUUAUCAUUCUUUAAAUAUAUACACACAUACUUUAUAGGUGGAAGACUAGGACCUUGAAUGGUGGUUAAUUGGUUUGCUGAAAGUUAAUAUUAUUAUUCUCCUUUCUUUGAAAAAUGACAUGUAAGACAGUUCUAUGAUGUAUCGACUGGGAGGAUUCUGUCAUAUGCCGUCAUUGAUAAAGCCCUAACGGAUAAACAAACUAAAUUCGGGCGAGGACUUGCUCAUUCGUGUUACCUCUAUAUGUACAUUUGAGGUAAAUAAAAGCUAUUUUAUAAUUAGCUUCCAUCGAUUAACUGUCGCUUAUACGUUCGAAUUUCAUUUUCUCUUAUUGAAUCCUCUAUAUGCACAUCAACAAAGAAAUGUAUAAACUGCCAUCAAUUUAGUCAAAAUACAAUAUUUGUAGAAAAAAAAGAUUGUAGAGUUUC